AUGCCAUUGUAUGAAGUAUUUUCACAUUCAGAUCGUUAUCAUUAUCGUGCAAAUUUAUUUUCAUUAGCAACAUGUUUUUUAAUUCUUUGUACAAUUUUAACAUUUUUACCGCCAUUUUUAUUUGCUUAUUAUGCCAGUGGUUUUUGGAUAAAAGAAGGAAGUUAUAGUGAACAAGCACGUAUUAAUUAUUCAUCUAAAUAUAUCGUUAUUAUUGAUAAUAAUGAUAUAACAACAAAUCGUUUUUUUACUUCAUCUUAUGCAUCAAUAAAUACCAUUUUUCGUGAUGUUAUGAUUUUUGGUAUAAAUACAUUUUCAACAAGUGAUAAUAAUUAUGAUGGUGUUACAGAUCAAUUUUCUAUUACAUUUCAAGUAAUAGUUGGUGGUAAUAAUACAGCUACUGUUAUUAAUAAUAUUAAUAUUUGGUUAAUAUUGGAAUAUGAAUUACGAGCUCGACAAUACAUUAAAAUGGAAACAAUGGCAUUGAUUAAUAUUUUUCCACCAAAUGAUAUUACUUUAGCAAAUAAUCCAAAUGUAACUGUCGUAGGUGAUUUAAUACUUGAACAACGACAACCAAUACAAAGUUCCGGUAUUGAUACAUCAUAUAAUAAAUCCAUUAUUGAUAUAGAUAAUUUAUUUACAACAUCAUCAAGUAAUCUUAAUCCUGUUUUGGAUGAAUAUUUUACAAGAAAAUAUUAUACAACAUUUAGACCACAAUAUAUUAAAUGGAAAUUUGGUGCCAAUACGGGAACUAAUAUAUUAACUAUUAAUGUUAUUCUUAAUGUUUCAAAACAAUCUAUAAGAUUUAUACCAGGUUUUUGGCAAGAAUUUAAAUGGGGUUGGAUACAAUAUGUAUGCGUACUUUUACCAUUUAUUAUUGUUUUUCAUCGAAUUAAAGAAUUUGUUUUUCGUAAUCAACUUGUAAAAACAUUAGUCGAAUUACCUUAUCAUCGACAUAAAGCUUAA